AUUCAUCACAUACCACAAAUUGCCUGUGAAGAAGGAAAAUAUAUGCUAUUAAAUCUGCUGUUAAACAGGCAAGAAAAAGUUAACAGGUUUCUUUGCAAGGACAGUCAAGCAAGAGCCACUAAGUCAAGUUUGUGUUGUUCCCAUCUGGAAAUAGAGUUCUUUUGCAGCAUUUUUUUAAUAUAUAUCUUUUAAAGAAAAUGCAUAGUGUCACAAAGCUUUAAGUACCAUCAAAUCAGUGCUAAAACUGCAGUGCUUUUCCUAAACUAGAUGAGAGAACACAAGUAUCCACUGCAGUAAUCAGAAAAUUGAUGAAGCAAUCAACUUUGGGGCUUAGUACUUUGUCCGUCAGUAUUCUGCACUUAACCAUAUAUGUAUCUAACUAAGACUUGAGCAUUUGGCAGGUUUUUAGAGCAUGUCAUCUCUUUUUAUUGAUGUUGCAUCUCUGAUCUAUGUGUUUUGAGCUAGUUUGGUCCAGACUGUGAUGGUGGUAGUGCAUAUCUUGGUGUCUGGACUCUCAUGUUCUGAGCACAAACCAAAUGCAUCGGAAUGCAUGGAUCCUCACUCUCGGGAGGUCAGAAACUACUACUUUGCAGAGUUAUUGUUUUCCUGCUAGUUUUGAACCACAAGUAUUAGCUUUUGGAGUGAUUUAAUUAGGAUUUUUCCAGUUAAAUGAAGUUAUGGAGAAAUAGCCAGGAUGUUUCUAAUUCAUUCUUGCUGACUAAAGGCUAAAUUGAGUAUUCACCCCAAAUAUUUUUGGUGUGCAUAAAUGUUGCAUUUGAAUAUUUUCAGUGGUGCACCUUGUGGGACAAGUAUUUUUUUCACAAGAUUGAAUUCAUUGGUAACUUACAUUCUUAUUUUUGCCAAAAUUUUGACCUUAACAAAUCUUUUGUAAAGAGUCCCAAAAUCUCAAAUACUGGCAGCACUGCUGUGCGUCAUGCAGAAUUUGCAGCGGCGCAAUUUGUGUAACUUUUGUGUUUUUAUCAAAACUGGUCUUAACAUUAAAAUUUAUUAAGAAAAAGCCAUUGUGCUGUUUCUUACUAGUGUUAAUUUUGUAAGUCAAGAUGUUAACCAAAAAAAAAAAGUUGAUUUGGUCAUGUAACGUGAACUGUAGCUAUUUUUACAUAGCUUACACUGUCUGUAUUUGCUCUUUGUUAAUGAGAACAGGUUUCAAAUGAAACUCGAGCUUGCUUUUGCACUACUUGACAGUUCACAGAUGGGGUGAAGUUUCUGAAACUGUAUUGUAAGAGUCCAAAAUAUCUCAUCUCUAUCUCUUUAUUUUAAGCAUGUUCUAGGAAAGAAGGUUGUAUAAAAAAAAAAUUAAAUGAUUUCUUUUAAUUGUUGUUUAAAAUUUUUAUAGUUUGCCUUGCUGUGCUGUGUGUACUCUCCUGCAAUAGACACUUGAUAGUAAGCUUGUCAGUGAGCUGACUGUUGCUAGGACAGAUGACAAGCUGUGUUCCAGUGACUUCCAUCUGUGUUAGAGUAAUAAUACGGCGUGCAGUGGUUUUGCAUUACUAUUCAAGUGGGAGAAGACUUCAUCACAAUCUCUGUUGAUCUUCAGUCUAGAAGGGGGAGGGAUUGGAGUUACCUGCCAGCUUAACUGCACCAGCUCUGUGGUGUUGAGUGUCUACUGGCAUUAGUUCUACAGGCCUUUAUCCACGAGCUGUCAGAUGGCUUUGUAGUUAUCUUUCACAUACUUAACUGCAGCAUGGCUUUGACUGUUUUUACACAGAAUAUUUUUAUAUUGAUUAAAAAUAGUUAACACUUUGCAUCUUUUCUCUGACUAACCCUUCUCCACUGGGUAAAGCUUAAGUUGUUUAUGUUCUGCGGGGCCCUCUGGAGCCCAUAACUGUUUUGUCAGCUGCUUUGUUGGUAGGAUGCAAGCUCCAGCACUGAUUGCAGCACUUUGCAUGCAUCAUUUUUCAGUAGGGUGCAUUCCUCCCUUGCUCUCCCUUCUCUACGCUUGAGUGAAAGUCCUCGUAAAAGUGUUCACAGCAGCCCUGUUAUUCUUCAGAGAAUUCUCUAAAAAGCCCUUUCCUACAAAGCACAGAUGGCAGUGGUUUGUUGAUCUUGCUGCCUAGCAGGCUGAUCAACGUGGCUUUGUUUUCUUCUACUUCACUAUUUGUCCAUUUGUCUGUACCUCGACUGUUAAGUGUCUUGUGACCGGGCCAGUGUUCUUGUUAGGUUUGCCUUGUGUGUAGGUGCUGAUGGUCUGAGCAAUGGCUGGGGUUCCCAGCAGAAAUGAUGAAAUAAUAAAGACAUGAAACAGGGAAGUGGAUUUUUAUAACAGAGUUUAAAUGAAGAACAGAAGUUGUCCUCAGAAACAGAUACGGAGAUGAAUGUUUACAAUGUGCUAAGGUCUGUGUAACCAAACUUGAAAAGACCAUGCCUCUUCCAGACACCCUGUUUUGUGCUCAGCAGAUCAAAAUUCCCCCUGAGCUACCAGAUAUUAUGAAACAAUUCACCAAAGCUGCUAUUAGGACUCAGCCUCAUGAUGUUUUGCAGUGGUCAGCUGCGUACUUUACAGCACUGUCAAAAGGUGAGCCCCUUCCAGUGAAAGAGAGGAUUGAAACACCUUCAGCAAAACAGAAAAUGGAUGCUGGUUUGACCCCAGGACUCCUUAAAGUCUUGCACAAGCAGCUUUCUGCUAAAGGCACUGUAAGUGUUGCAGAACUGAAGGAAAAAUGGAAAGACCUGUGCUUGCCAGAGGAGCAGCUGGAAGCUAUCCUGCAGUUGGACAUCUUUGAUGAAGAGGUGGAAUGGAUGAAGAUUCUGGCACUUGGGUGCAGCGUGCUUGGUGAGUCCUUGCUGAGUUCAAUGAAACACGCCUGUGAAAUUUUAACACAGGACCCGGAAGGUGGAGCAGCUCGUAUUCCUUAUGAAACGUUUUCAUUCCUUUACUGCUAUUUGGCAAGUAUUGAUGGAGACAUACCAGAUGAGAAAAUCAAAGCUUUCCUCCAAAAGAUUAAAGAAGACGCUGACAAACAAAGUGGCAUGGUACUGCUCAGAAAUUUUCAGAGCCAGCCCUCAACAUGGCUUUGAUCAAGUUGACUCUUCAGCACCAGAUGAGGCUGGAAAAAAUGAAGUAAAUACAAUACACAAAGAACCUAUUCUCCAGCACUCCUUUUUCUUUAUUUCAUUCUUGAAAUUGCCUUUUAUCAGAGAGAAUUGAACAUAUUGUCAUAUUGUCUUUUCACUUCUGAAAUACUGCUGCUCGCAGCUUGGGAGUGGUACUUUCACUAAUUUGUUUAUAUUUAAUCAAAUGGAUUUCGUUAAUCUUUCUACCUAGACUUUCUGAAUAGGAAAUUAAAUUUAGAGAAGACUGGGCAGAUAUAAGACUGGUUCAUUUCUUAAGUAAAGUAACAAUUUUCUUCUUAUCUGUUUUUAACUCCAACAAAAGCAUAGCUUGUCUUUUGACUGCCCUGUCUGCAUGAACAAACUCUAGUCAAACAUAUGGUUUCACCAAGUGCUGCUCAAAGACCGUGAAGAACACUAUAGCCAAGAUGGUGAAAAAAAUAUCAACUAGACUAAUGGCAAUAGUUCCAUCUAGUUUGAUCCCUAAUUUGGACUCAUCAUCAUAGAACGACCUGGGUUGAAAGGGACCACAAUGAUCAUGAGUUUCAACCCCCUGCUGUGUGCAGGGUCGCCAACCACCAGACCAGCCUGGCCUUGAAUGCCUCCAGGGAUGGGGCAUCCACAGCCUCCUUGGGCAACCUGUUCCAGUGUGUCACCACCCUCUGUGUGGAAAAACUUCCUCCUAAUAUCUAACCUAAACCUCCCUGUCUCAGUUUAAAGCAAUUCCCCCUUGUCCUAUCACUGUCUACCCUUGUAAAUAGCCAUUCCUCCUUCUGUUUAUACGCUCCCUUCAAGUACUGGAAGGCCACAAUGAAGACUCCCUGGAGCCUUUUCUUCUCCAACUCUCUUCAGAAUUUAAAUAUUUUUCUCAUUGCCAGAUGGACUUUUAAUUAAUAAAGAUCAGUCUCCUGCCUGCCUGCAGCCCACAGGCACUGUGCAGAGCGUAUCGCCUAACACAGCCAUGGAGGAGGCCAAAAUGACAGUGCUAAGGGGUGUCCUCUGCUGGCAGCUUGAUUGAAAAUAAGGAAGUGUAGAAAAGACUAAUCUGUAAGAUGUUGCUGUUGGCUUUCUUCAUAGAAGGAACAAGCUGACUGUAGUAGAUUGUGUAAGAAAUUAACAAAACUAGAAAUUGGUAUAAUCCCACGGCAGUUAAGUGGAAUUCUCCUUUACACCCAUAAGCUGUAUUUGGAUGGUUGACGUCUUAGUGUUUUUAGAAUUUCUGUCGUUAAUACUUUGAUGUUAGUAUACAGGAUGAAAACUUAAUGGGUUCUUUGCAUAAAUACCACGAUCUAUCAAUCUCACAUUUGAAAAUUACAGUCGAUAAAAUUAUAGAAAGGGACAUCUCUACUUUAGUAGAGGUCUUAGAGAUGCCUGUCACCACCAUCACCAGCUUGACAUUGAUCCUAAAUUUCUUUAAGCACAAGCUUGGGAACAGCAGCAUGCCUGUUACCAUACUUUUACCACUUUUUCAUUACUGAAAGCUGCAGAUGAAGGUAACAGCCUUCUGGAGAACUCUGAAAUCUGCUCUGUCACCUUCCACGUGUGCCAUAAUGUGACAGUAAGUGCUGUCUUUCUGGAAUGCUGUUCUCAGAGGUGACAAUGUCAGGUGGUAGAGAGAAAGGGAGCUACUUUCAUCCCUUUCCAUUUGUAAUUAAUU